AUGUCCAAGCAAACUUUGACAAUGUGGAGGGACAUCACCCCUCUUCCCCAGCCCCUUAACAAGCCCACUGCUAACUCCAAACACAUCCUAGUCGUCGGUGGUGGUGUCAUCGGUCUCACCACAGCUUGGACUCUGCUCGACCGCGGCCACCGCGUCACCGUCCUCGCCAAGGAAUGGGCUUCUUAUGGGAAAAAACAGCGUAUUGCCUCCCAAAUCGCAGGUGCCCUCUGGGAAUACCCACCCGCCGUCUGUGGCCAACACACCGAUAAGAUUUCCCUACAACACAGUAAGAAGUGGUGUAUGGUUGCCUACCACAUCUGGAACUCGGUAGCAUCAGAUGAGGAGCUCUCCAAGGCGGCUGGUGUGAGGAUGAUGCCCAGCGCUUUUUACUUUCCCAACCCCGUAGAUUCAGAUGACUUCCAGAGGGAGAAGAUGAACGAGAUCGCAGCGAGUGGCGUUGUUGGAUUCAGGCGUGGUGCAAAGGACCUCAUCGAGAAGCGCAACAUUGACCCAGAGCAUGGAGGUGUUGACGCAUACGAGAUUAUGGCACCAGUCAUUGACACCGAUAGGGCUAUGGGAUGGCUCAUGGAGCUCGUCAAAGCCAAGGGUGCGGAGAUGGUCACGGAAACCAUCCACGGCGAUCUUCUCAAACAGGAAAGUCAGCUCCGCGAGAGGUUCCAGGUGGAUGCCAUCAUCAACUGCACCGGUAUCGCUGGAGCUGAGACUGCAGCUGAUAAAUCCUGCUACCCCAUUCGAGGUGGGCUCAUUCGUGUCAUUAAUGACGGAAAGGAUUUCCCCAAGGUCGAAGCUGCCUUGACUAUCUCUGCCGACGUAGCAACACACAGUGAAAUCGUAUUCAUCGUACCAAGAAACGAUAACAUCCUGCUCAUGGGUGGUUUCACGGAGCCUCAUAACUGGAGUCUCGACUUGACUCUCGAUUCCCCCGUUAUGCAGCGCAUGAAAUCGCGUUGCGAGGCCUUCCUUCCCCAGUUGAAGAAUGCCCGUCUCGAUCCUAACUAUCCCAUGGCUCAAGGUUUGCGUCCUUUCCGUGGCUCAAACAUCCGUGUAGAGCGAGAAUUGAGGACUCUCAGCAACGCUACAAAACCAAGCCGCAUCAUCCACUCGUACGGACAUGGAGGAGCAGGUUGGAGUUUGUCGUUUGGAUGCGCAGGAGACGUUGUGCGUCUUCUCGACGAAGCUCUUCUGGAUUUACAGCCCCAGGGUACUACUUCGGCUUCACGCCCAUCGGUCGUCCAAGAAUUCCAAGCGAAUUUGUAA